UGUGUGUUAUGCUGCAGAACUGAGGCUCAGGCUGGAGGCCGGUACCUGGAAGCCCCUCGCCGCAGCUUGCUGGACCUUCCCCCGAGGCUGGUCUGGUCUGGUCGCCGCCUCCUCCUCCUCCUCUUCUCCGGGGCCCGCCUCCUCCAUGGAGAAGCCGGCUGCCACUUCGCUUCUCUCGGCGUCGUGCGGAGACUUGCCUUCGGUCGCGGGAUGAGUGAGGCGACUAGGGAGGCGGUGAGCUCGGCGGGCCCGGCGUUGCCCCAGGCCGCCAACGCCGACACCCGCCGGGGCUGGCUCCACAAAUGGACCAACUACCUGAAGGGUUACCAGCGCCGCUGGUUCGUGCUGAGUAACGGGCUGCUCUCCUAUUACAGGACCCAGGCGGAGAUGGCGCACACGUGCAGAGGCACCAUUAACCUAGCCACGGCCCACAUCGAUGUAGAGGAUGCCUGCCUCAUUGUGCUGUCAGAUAGUGGGCGCACGUACUACCUGAAACUAAGCUCGGAGGUGGAGCGGCAAUGCUGGGUGACGGCACUUGAACUGGCCAAGUCCAAAGCUAUUCGGAUGAUGAGCAAUCAGUCAGAUGACUCUGGUGACGAGGAGCCGACCUCGCAGUCCGACAAGAGUGAGCUGUACACCACCCUGCGGACGCUGGCCAGCAAGCUCGACGACCUGAGCCAGUGCAACGACCUCAUCGCCAAGCACGGGGCCGCCCUGCAGCGGUCCCUGAGCGAGCUCGAGACACUGAAGCUGCCGGCCGAGAGCGGAGAGAAGAUCAAAGUCGUCACUGAGCGGGCCACCCUCUUCCGCAUCACCUCCAAUGCUAUGAUCAAUGCAUGCCGGGACUUUCUGGAGUUAGCAGAGACGCACAGUCGCAAAUGGCAGCGGGCCUUGCAGUACGAGCGUGAGCAGCGGCUGCGCCUGGAGGAGACCAUCGAGCAGCUGGCCAAGCAGCACAACAGCCUGGAACGAGCCUGCCGCGGAGCUCCUGCACUGCCCAGCAGCUCCACAGAGCUAUCCAACGCCAGCAAAGGAAGCUGGACCGAUUCUUGGCUGGGGAAGAGAUCGCACUGUUUAAAAGCGAGAACAAGACUCGUGAAAGGGGAGACAAGUGAUGAAGAUGAGGAGACCGAGUAUUUUGAUGCCAUGGAGAGUGCACCAGACUUCAUCACAGUAACCACGGACCCGGCGGAACACAGGCGCACAGGAAGCAAUGUCAGUGCGACGAGCAGCGAGCAGACUGAAACUUGGAACCUGGACAGUCAGGGCUUUGACCUUCCACACCAGGCUUCCUCCAGUACAUCAGCAAAUAGAUCGGUGAAGCUAAACAGAAAGAGACGGACUCAUAUCCCGGAGAAACCCAACUACAGCCUUAACCUUUGGAGCAUUAUGAAAAACUGUAUUGGGAAGGAGCUGUCCAAAAUCCCCAUGCCUGUUAAUUUCAAUGAGCCUUUAUCAAUGCUUCAAAGACUAACUGAAGAUUUAGAAUAUCACGAGCUAUUGGACAAGGCAGCUCAGUGUGAAAACCCGGCUGAGCAAAUGUGCUACGUGGCCGCAUUCUCCGUGUCUUCCUACUCAACCACCAUCCAUCGCACAGCAAAGCCAUUUAACCCUCUGCUUGGGGAGACCUUCGAGCUGGACAGGCUGGCGGAGAGUGGCUACCGCUCGCUAUGUGAACAGGUGAGCCACCAUCCACCAGCUGCGGCCCACCACGUCUACUCUAAGUGCGGCUGGACCCUGUGGCAAGAAAUCACCAUCGCCAGCAAGUUCCGUGGGAAGUACCUCUCCAUCAUGCCGCUAGGUGCUAUUCACUUACAGUUCCACUCGGGGCGCAACCACUAUAUGUGGAGGAAGGUCACCUCCACUGUGCACAACAUCAUUGUCGGCAAGCUGUGGAUCGACCAGUCAGGAGACAUCGAUAUCAUCAACUUCAAGACAAGGGACAAGUGUCAACUCAAAUUCAGUCCCUAUAGUUACUUCUCACGGGACUGUGCCAGGAAGGUGACAGGUGUAGUGACAGACCGAGAUGGAAAAGCUAAUUAUAUCCUGUCAGGGACAUGGGAUGAGAAGAUGGAGUUUGCAAAGGUUGUACAGAGCAGUCAAGAUGGGACCAGUUGUGAAGGCAAGCAGAAAACCGUCUACCAGACCCUUCCACCCAAGGUGCUGUGGAGGAAAUAUCCACUUCCCGACAAUGCAGAAAACAUGUACUACUUCUCCGAGCUGGCGUUAACCCUGAACGAGGUGGAGAGCAUGACGGCGCCUACUGACAGCCGUCUGAGGCCGGAUCAGCGCCUGAUGGAAAACGGCAAUUGGGAGGAGGCAAACGUGGAGAAGCAGCGGCUAGAAGAGAAGCAGAGAGCUACCCGCCGUUUGAGGGAGGCCGAGGCAGUCAAAGCCUUGGAGGACGGCAGGGACUGUGAUGCUUACAAGCCUGUGUGGUUUCAGAAGAAAGAAGACCCCAUCACCGGAGAGGAGAUGUAUGUUUACAAAGGUGGCUACUGGGAGAGUAAGGAGACACAAGACUGGAAUCUGUGCCCAGACAUUUACUGAGCACGGCCAGCUCCAGGCCAAUGGACCUCAGAGUGUCCUCUGUCACCAGCAGAAGAGGAAAGGAGCAAUGCCAACCUCCACUGUGGGACAACACAACGGAAACAUACAGGGCAGCUUUCUGGUACCAACAAUGUCAAUGCAAAUAAACACCACAGCCCCACUCCAAAGAUACAACACAGCUCCCUCCCCUUCCCCCUCCCAAAAUAAUAUGACCCAGAGAAGAUUCAUGGAAUUAUUUUUGGCUACAGGUGACUGCAGAGGGAGAACGGUGGGUUGCUUGAAGACCGGGAUUAGUACCAGUGUUCUAAUAGCCAGGUACUCCAACAUCCUUAAACCCCUGACUGUUGAUGUGAUCUGCAGUUUAGGAUAAAAGGUCAGAGUUUUGCUGACCAAAUUAGUCAGAGCCAUACAGCAAGGAGACAGCCCCUUUGGUCCAAUUCACCCAUGUCAUCAGUCCCGCCUGACCACAUUUGGCCCAUAUCCCUCUAAACCUUUCCUAUCCAUGUACUUGUCCAAAUGUCUAUUAAAUGCUAUAGUACCUGCCUCAAUUACCUCCUCUGGCAGCUCGUUCCAUAUACCCACUACCCUCUGCGUGAAAAGUUUGCCCCUUAGGUUCCUAUUAAAUCUUUCCCCUCUCACCUU